AUGCAUGGCACAGAAUCAGCAACGGCAGCAGCAGCAGCAGCAGCAGCAGCAGCAGCAGCAGCAGCAGCAGCAGCAGCAGCAGCAGCAGCAGCAGCAGCAGCAGCAGCAGCAGCAGCAGCAGCGGCAGUGGCGGCGGCGGCGGCAGCAGCAGCGAGUCUUCUUCACCAGGAGGUGGAGGUGGAGUGUCAGCACAAGUUACAGCCAAAAGGCCUGGCCAGCAGCCUGGCAGCCUCACACUGCACCGAGUUCGCUAUAGCAGAAGUCCUCAAGGCCACCAAUGACUGGUCCCCCGACAACCAGCUGGGCUCGGGUGCCUUUGGCGAUGUGUACAAGGGCGUGUCUCCCCGCGAUGGCACCACCAUCCAGCAGAUGGCCGACAAGAACCAUCCCAACAUUGUGAAGCUCCUUGGCUUUGCAAUCGGAGGAGACUUGAGGACACAGCCAGAGCAAGUUCUCAUCUAUGAAUACGUGCCCAACGGCGAUCUUAACAAAUGGAUCGGUCUAAAGGCAGAGCGCCCUCUGACUCUGAAGCAGCGGCUGGACAUUCUUAUCGGCAUGGCAAGGGGCUUUGAGUACCUCCACAGCUUUGGCAUCGUGCAUCGCGACAUCAAGCCUGCCAACGUCCUCAUCACCGACAGCAUGCAGGCAAAGAUUGCAGACUUUGGGCUCGUGAGGAUGGGGGAGGGCACAAGUGUGGGCACAACGCGCAUCAUGGGCACACCGGGCUAUGUCGAUCCGGUCUACUCCAUCACGUCCAAGGCCACUGCAGCCAGUGAUGUCUACAGCUUUGGAGUACUCAUGCUGGUGGUCCUCACAGGACAGGCGCCACUCUUGGAGAGUGAUGGAAAGAGUCAGCAGAUCACUCCUUGGGCAUCUGAAUGCCUGUCCUCAGGAAACCUGGGAAGCCUCAAGGACCCCACCUUGGACGCCCCUGCGGAUGCUGUGCUGCGUGUGGCUCAGCUCGCCCUCUCCUGCACCGUGGAGCGCACUGCAGCCCGACCAAGCAUGGCACAUGUCGCCAACGAGCUGCAGGCCAUCCGGGAGGAGUGGGUGGGGAAAGAGGAGCUGAGCGCAGCUGUUAAGGUGGAUGCGGAGGUGCAGGAAAUGAAGGAGGUGUUCUCUAGUGGGAACAGCCUCAACACCGAACUUCAGAUGAUUGAAGACAACUUGGGGUGA